CCUAACUGAUGACUUAAAGUGAAUUUCGACCACGAUUAUAUCGCAUUGGGGUAAUGUUAUUGAAAAUUAAAACCAUGCGUUGCAGUGAACAAAAUAUUGUGUCCAACAAACCACCAAGCGCCCUCCUCCUUGCACAAUUAAUACCUAAACAGCAGCAUGUCAGAAAGACGGACACUUUUGAGCCGUCCGCGGACCCGUGUGUAUGACUGCAACUACAACAUCGGCGAGGGUUAUUAUAAGCCAAUGAUGGACCACCUGGACCGCAAGUACUACGGUACUUCGGCCGCGCCGGCCGCAGCCAAGCCCUCAAGUGGAUUCUUCGACUCCAGUCCAAAAAGCCUGUUCGGCACGUCCGGCUCAUCGGCCUUUGACGAAUAUAGAUCUUCGUCACCAGUGCGGUCCCGGCGCAGCGGAUCUGACUCCAGAUUAUCGUUGCCCGAUGACGAAUUCGAACAAGAGGUGGCCGCAAUGCGUCGGGCUCGUGCCGCCAAGGUAUCAGCUGCCCGGACGGCAUCUCUAGAGAAGGAAUUCGAGUCAGCGUUCAACGGUUUUGCGUCGGACGGCAAGCCGAGGCCGCGGCUCAACUACACGGAGAAGAUGUUGGACACUGUUGGGCUGAACAGCAAAUCACAGGGGGCGUUGGAGGACGAGGUCUACAAAAAGAGGACAAAGUCCUUCUUCCAGGACGCGGAGGAUGUGGUGGCCACAGCCGAACUGCACGCCAACAACCGACGGUCUGCUGCGUUAAAAGCGCAUCUACAGGACCAGGCUGACGAACAGUCUGCCGGUCAGCUGGCGGCUGAGGCCAGGGCGCGCAAGUCCAAGGCCCGUCUACUAGACAUACAAAACGAGCUGGAUGGCAUCGUGGAACGGGAUGCUGCCCGCCAGAAGCGCUCGGCCAAUCUAAAGGCCCUGUUCGCUGAUAACGAAGCGCUCACAGAAUCAGUUAGCUCUUUCAAGAAGAAGUCAUCGAAAAAAGUGUCAUUUUAAUGGAAUUUAACGUAUUUAAUAUUAUUGUUAUAAACAUAAUAUAUUAAGAGAGAAAGAGGUAUAGGUACCGAAUCAGAUCGGAUGUCGUAACCGCUAGCUGUCAUCUUUCAUCAUUACAACAGUUCUCUAUUUUUCCCACUCUAUCUCUCUUCUCCUCUCCUUUCUCUCUCACUCCGCUCUUCUUCUCAUAUCCUGACUCUUUUUCUUUCUCUCUUUUUGUCUCACAAUUUUUUCUCUUCCACGUUAAAGUCUAAUAUGGCAUUACAUAUUUUAAUAAUAGUGAUAUAUUUCAUCUGGCGUUGUUUUUUUUUAAAUAGAUAUAGAGCAUAACAUUUUUGUUCGUCGGAUUUGUAGGUAUUCGAGCAGGAUAGAACAAAGUUUAAUUAAAUUUCUCUUUUUAGUUACGUUACAUAGAUUUGAGUUCAAAUGUUGUUCGAUAUUUUUUUUUGUUGUUGCAUUUUUGUGUUAUUAUACAUUUAACGAACAACUGAGGUAUGUAUUACCUUUAACGAUUGAUUAAAUAAAUAAAUACCUACUUAUAAU